AUGGCCACUCCAGCAGACCUUCCACCACUUCCUUCCAAUCCAGAUGAGAACGCUGGACCUCAUAUCCUCGGAGCAACACUGUCGACAACAUGCCUUGCCUUUGUGACGGUGUUGGCCCGGUUCUACGUCCGGGGUUUCGUGGUGAAAAACAUGGGCUUUGAUGACUAUUUCAUGGCCCUGGCUAUGUCGGUCAGUAUCGCUACGACCACCGUGAUCGCUCUCUCAGUGAAGUAUGGAGCGGGCCAGCAUAUUGGUGAUGUCGAACCAGACAUAUUUAUAAAGGGGAUGAAGCUGAACUUCAUCAGUCAGCCGCUGCUUCAGGCGGGUGUCUGUAUCGUAAAGCUCUCAGUUGGAUGCGCGUUACUGAGAAUUGCGACAAAGAAAAGGUGGAGGUUUCCCAUCAUUGGCAUCAUGAUCUUUAUGGUCUGCUAUACCAUCGGCACAAUGACAACUCUCUUCACCCAAUGCGAGCAAGUCGCCAUGCAAUGGGACGGUUCGAUUCCGCGCAAAUGCUGGGACCAGGAGACACUGCAGGGUCUGGCUUUUACCCACGCUGCACUCAACAUCGCAACAGACUUUGUGUUUGCCGUGGUGAUUCCAGUUCCCAUCUUGUGGGGACUCCAAAUGAACAAAAGAACAAAGGGCGCCGUCAUGCUCAUGUUGUCGCUGGGUCUUUUCGUUUGCCUGGCUGGCAUCCUGCGGAUUCCUACCAUCGAGAACUACGGCAAGACCGGCGACUUCCUCUGGGACAGCAGAGAUCUCUGUAUCUGGUUCGUCGCGGAGUUCAACACGGGCAUCAUCGCCGGAAGCUUCCCUUCGCUCAAGCCACUUUUCAAGACCAUCCUCGACAACACGUAUUUUAAGGGGCUGACCGCGAAAUAUGGCUACGGCAACAACACCGGUCCGACUGGCAGCAAACAUCGCUCCUUCUCCUCAAAGGGGUUCAACAAUUUGCGCGCCACGGAACGAUUGGACUCUCAUGAUCAAGUCGAUGACUCGGACGGCUCCCUGAGUCAGCGUGGCCUUGUCCUCGAGAACAAACCUAUUGCGCUUGGGGUGAUUCAGAAGAACGUCACUACAACCGUGACGCAAACGGACGUGCCGAUCACGCCAAAGGGUGCGAGGAGACAUGAAUGGGCAUAG